CACUUCCCCUUCCUCCACCUCCCUCUCCGGCGGCGACCCCCCGCGCGCGCCGGCCAUGUCGAUCCACCGCAAGAAGUACCGCUACGGCAUCCUCGACGCCGACGCCGCCGAUCGCCCUCCCGUCCACGCGAAGUGGUCCAGCGGUAUGGUGAAGGUGAAGUACGAAUGCGACGACGACGACGACGGCGAUGGCGGCGGCGACGCGUGGCGACGCAAGGCCCUCCUCUACGGCGACGAGGUCGGCAGCGGGCCCUCCUCCGCCGCCGCCGCCCCGCUGGUGCACCGCUCGCACGGCCGGGCGUCGUCGCGGCCGCGCAGCGGCGGCAAGCACCUCCGCGCUGGCCACCUCUCCUCCUCGCAGUGGUCGGUGUGGGGCCCGGCGUCUUCCACCAACGCCGUCAUCAAGGGGGACACCUCGUCGUCGGCCGUAGUGGGAUCCACCGGCCGGGUGCUUCUCGCCGGCGAAGACGUCAUCGGAAGGCGGAGUACGAAGCCGAAGCCGAAGCCGAGUGGUGGCGUCCCCGCUGCCGCCGCCGCCGCAGCCGCCGCCUACGUGACCAAGGCCAAGCCGGUCGCUCCUCCGAAGGAGACCGCACUGCGCACGUACGGGCGGGACAUGACGGGGUCCGCCGCCGCCGCCGACCCGGUGAUAGGCCGCGACGACGAGGUCGACCGCGUGGUGUGCAUCCUGUGCCGCCGGACCAAGAACAGCGCCGUGCUCGUCGGCGCGCCGGGGGUCGGCAAGACGGCCAUCGCCGAGGGCCUUGCGCGCCGCGUCGCGGCCGGGGACGUCCCCGCCGCGCUCGCCGGCGCGCGCGUCGUGGAGCUCGACGUCGGCUCCCUGGUGGCGGGCACCCAGUACCGCGGCAUGUUCGAGGAGCGCGUCAAGAAGGUGAUCCAGGAGGCGGAGGGCGCGGCGGGCAAGGUGAUCCUCUUCAUCGACGAGAUGCACAUGCUGCUCGGCGCCGGCGCGUGCAAGGGCGGCAGCAUGGACGGCGCCAACCUGCUCAAGCCGGCGCUGGCCCGUGGCCGCAUCCGCUGCGUCGGCGCCACCACCUUCGACGAGUACCGCAAGCACAUCGAGAGGGACGCCGCGUUCGAGCGCCGGUUCCAGAAGGUGAUCGUCGAGGAGCCGACCACGCAGGCGACCAUUGCUAUUCUGCAGGGGCUGAAGCAGAGGUACGAAGAGCACCAUGGCUUGAAGAUUCAGGAUGCUGCCAUUGUCGCUGCUGCACAGCUUGCGGACCGCUACAUUACCGGUCGUCAAUUUCCUGACAAGGCGAUUGAUCUGAUUGAUGAGGCUUGCUCCACCGUAAGGCUGAAGAUUGAUAGUCAAAAAGGGGUGAACACCACAGGAAUGCAAAAUAACAAUGGAAAUACGUCAGUGAAUGGAGUGAACGAAGCAAUUGUUGGCCCAGAUCAUGUUGCUCAAGUUGUGAGCCGAUGGACUGGCAUCCCGGUCACUACACUUGAUCAAGAGGAGAAGGAGAAGUUAAUCCACCUGGCAGACAGAUUGCACGAGCGAGUUGUUGGCCAGGAUGAAGCUGUCAAACUGGUUGCACAGGCAGUUUUACGUUCUAGGGCAGGCCUUGAACAACCUGGCCAACCUAUAGGCUCUUUCCUCUUUCUGGGCUCAACCGGUGUUGGAAAGACGGAGCUUGCAAAAGCCCUUGCUGAGCAGCUAUUUGACAGCGAGAAGAUGUUGAUCCGCUUUGACAUGUCUGAAUUUGUUGGGAGUGGAUCUGUGUUGCGUCUCAUUGGAGCACCUCCAAGCUAUCAUGGCCAUCAAGAUGGCGGACAAUUGACAGAAAAAGUUAGGACGCGUCCUUACAGUGUCAUCCUUUUUGAUGAGGUGGAGAAGGCAGAUCCCUCGGUGUUCAACGUGUUCCUUCAGCUCCUCGAUGAUGGCAUGUUGACUGAUGGCAAAGGAAGGACAGUAGAUUUCAAGAACACCAUCAUCAUUAUGACCUCAAAUCUGGGAGCUGAGCACCUAACUGAAGGAGUGACUGGUGAAAGAACAAUGGAAGCUGCACGGGACCUUGUUAUGAAACAAGUUCAGAAGUAUUUCAGGCCUGAACUUCUCAACAGGCUGAGUGAGAUUGUGAUAUUUGAGCCGCUUUCGCACGACAAUCUUAAGGAGGUCGUCAAAAUUCAGAUGAAGAGUGUCGUUACCAGUGUGGCUCACAAGGGCGUAUCUCUACUUGCAAGUGAUGAUGCCUUGGACGUCAUCUUGUCUGAAUCAUACAACCCAAUGUAUGGGGCAAGACCAGUAAGGAGGUGGGUGCAGAAGAAUGUGAUGACAAAGCUCUCUGAGAUGCUUAUUACAGGAGAUGCUGGACAGGGGUCAACUAUUUCCAUUGACGCUACUGAUGACAAGAAGGGGCUGAACUUUCAAGUAUUGAAGGAGGAGGUAGUGGUUCCGCGAGGCAAGAGGCCAGUCGAGGAGCUUCAAAGCGACUCGGAUAGCGAUGACGAUGUGUUCGAGAUCGCCCCCAUACCAAAGAGGAAGAAAGGUGAUUAUUAGCAUAUAGGAGCAGCCUGACAAGUAGCUAGGUUGCCACUUUUGGGUUAUCCAUAUUAUAUUAGUGAAUUGCAACAUGGUAGUAUCUCCUUUAGCUUGAACUUAUGCCGGUUUUAGCCAGUGGGCGUUGUGUCUGUGAGAACUCGCGACUCAUAUGGUAAGGAGGGCUGCUUGCUUGCUUGCAUCGGCUUUCCUCCAUGACGCUGUAAGAGCUGAAUGAGACGACCUGAUGUCCUUAAUGCAUGUUACUUUUAAUUGCUUUGUGUUCUUUUCGUGGAUGACCAGGUUACAAAGAAACUACUGUAAGAACGAAUUGGAAAUUCUCUAGUUUCUUGAAUAGACAGGGCAAUGCUUCCUAGUU